GGACAAAGUCAAAGGAAAAACAGGAAGACCAAUGAGGACAAAAAUCAACAGGCAAAAAAGAACACAAAGUCAAAGGACGAAGAACCGAUCUCUCGCUUCUCUCUCACGCGAACUGUCUCUGUAUUGGUGUUCUGGGCAGCCUAGAUUCAGGUCAGAAAUACGAUUCUAGCAUUGUUGGGUUUUGCUUUCGAUUGGUGGUGGGGGUUUUGCCAUGGCAAAGAUCGUUAAUAUCUUGGUGAUUUUGGCUUGACCCAACCAAGUGGCAACUGAGGAAUUCUGAGACUUAUAUAAGCACGACUUGUAGGUUGGUAUCAGUUCUGACAGUGAAGAUCGUGGUCGGCGAUCUAAUUUGCAUUGGCCAUAGACACGCUCCAGCUUGACCUCCUAGUGGCUGCUUAAUAUGGAUGAUUCAGAUGAUGAGGAGCGCUAUGUUCUUAGGCCUGGUGUUAAUGAUUUCGGGGCUAAAUUUAAGAGUAUCAUGACUGCUAAUGUUGAUAUGGCUACUAAAGUGUCCCUGAUCACGGAUCAUUACAUGGAUUUCCUAGGUAAAUCUCCAGAUGAUCCUGAGUCUGCUUAUGAUCUUUGGUAUGCAGAAGUGGUUGUGUGGCUGACAUCUAUGCUUCAGAAACGCCCAGAGGAUAGAUCUAUUUAUGUCAAAACUGAUGAUCGGGUUGCAGAUGCUGUAUGGUAUGUUGGCCUUAAAUCCUUCGUGCUACUUACAGGGUGGAUGGUCGAACCAAUGUUCUUACAGAAGUAUUUCAAUUUCGAAGAACUGGCUUUCCGUGAUCUCGAACCGGUGCUCCUUCACAGACUUCUUUCUUAUUACCAUCAUUUUGGUGAGGAGGAUGCUAUAGAGAAGUGUUGGGAAUUUGAAAACUUCAGGGACAACAUCAUGGAGGCAGCAGAAUUAGCAAGAUGCUACAUCAGCUCAUAUACCGAACGAAGGCCAUUACCAGAUAAUAACUAUGAGGACAACAUUUUGACUUUGUUGGAAAGAAGCCUAACAGGGAAGUAUCUUCUUCAAGAAUAUGGAACAUCGGCUUUUCGUCCAGAAAUGGAUAAGCGGCUACUUCAAGAAUAUGGUUCAGAUAUGGAUAAGCGGCUGGCGAAAGACAGGAAAGAUGGGCUGGUGCCCCAAAGCGGUGGCCUGGAGACAAUUAAGGAAUAUCUGAACAAGCUGCGGGCGAAAGUGAGGGAAAAUGAGCUGGUGGGCCGAAGCGGUGACCUGGAGAAAAUUAUGGAACGACUGAUCGCGGGAACUUCAGAGCUAGGGAUUACACCCAUAGUAGGUAUGGGUGGAAUUGGUAAGACAACUCUGGCAAGAAGUCUUUAUGAGGAUGCUCAGAUUCAGAAUCACUUCCGUGUUCGUGGCUGGAUUAGAGUUUCUCAAGAAUUUCGAGAGAGAGAUGUCAUAACGGGCUUAUUGGAGUCGAUUGGCUUAUUGAAUUCGAAUAUUUCUCUCAUUGAUGAGGACAAUACAAAAUUAGGAGAACGGUUACGUAAACACUUACUAGGUCGGAAGUAUCUCAUUGUCAUCGAUGACCUUUGGACUACUGAAGCAUGGGAUUGCAUGAAGUGGUGGUUUGAAGAUAAAAACAACGGCAGCCGAAUUCUGUUGACAAGUAGGCUUCAUGAAGUGGCUUCUUAUGUUAACCAUCCUUAUCCGAUGAACUUGCUCAGCCCUGAAGAUAGUUGGAAACUGUUGUGUAAACAGGCUUUUGGAACAGAAGGUUGUCCUCCUGAGUUAUUGAAUAUCGGAAAGCAAAUAGCAAAUAAAUGCCAAGGACAUCCGCUAUCAGUCAUUGUGGUAGCAGGGCACCUUUCCAAUAUUGGCAAGACUAAACACAGCUGGGAGAAUGUUGCAAAAACCAUGGAUUCUCUCAUAGAUGGAUCCCAAGAGAACUUCAACAUUCUUUCUUUGAGCUAUAAUGGCUUGACUCAGGACUUGAAAGCAUGCUUCCUCUCACUGGUGAUUUUCCCAAAGAAUUCCGAUAUCCCUGUUCGGAAACUAAUUAGGAUGUGGGCUGGUAUGGGAUUUGUGCAUCCAGAACCGCAGAAGAGCACGGAAGAGGUAGCACAGAAGUGCUUUGAGGAUCUUAUUAGAAGAAAUUUAAUUAUAGCGAAGAAAAAGAAAUUUGAUGGUAAAGUUAAUUCAUGUGGCAUCCAUGAUCUCUUGUGGGACUUGAGCAUGAGAGAAGCUCGGAAAGAAGGCGAUUACAUUUUUGGUCACUCCCCUUUGAGCCAUCCUUACUUCAAUACUGAUGAUGACAUGAAGUACGCAUUGGGUCUCACCCAUACUUUACUCUAUUCUGGUCGCUCUUUUGAAUCAGAUUGUCCUCUCAGUUCUGCAGGAUUCGAACUCCUCAAGAUCUUGGAUAUUCUAAAUCAGCCUUUUGAUGAUUUCCCGCAUGAGAUAACAGACAGGGUCAAUCUGAGGUAUCUUGCCCUGUCCACUUCUGCCGAUAUUCCUGAUUCAGUGUCCAAACUUUGUUAUCUAGAAACUUUAAUCAAUAAUCAUCAAAGGGCAGGUGGAAAUUUGCCAAAAGAGAUAUGGUUAAUGCCUCGUCUGAGGCAUCUACACGUUGGAACUUGCACCUACUUGCCCAAUCCAUCAAGCCUUGACUCAGUUCUUACUGAUCUUCAAACACUUUCCACUCUAAGCUCUGCCAGUUGUACCAAGGAAAUAUUCGAAAAUAUGCCCAAUUUGGAAGAAUUAGGUAUUCAUCAAAUUAGAGAAAAUGCUAGGGGAGAUGAACUCUGCCUCAGCAGUCUUGUCUACUUGCAUAAACUUCAAAAAUUGAAGAUAACUUGCAAUCUAAGACUUGCAAAUCCAAGAUCCGCUUGUUGCUGGGAAAGUUUCCUACCAAACAUCACGCAGUUGACUCUACUUUUAAGCCGUUUACCUUGGCAUGAAAUAAAUGCUUUAGCCCUGUUGCCAAAACUUGAGGUGCUCAAACUAAAAAAUAGUUCCUUUGAAGGGCCAGAGUGGGUACAGAAUAAUGAAGGAUUCCCCAAAUUGAAAUUUCUGCUGCUCGAAUCUUUAGAUUUGGAGGACUGGAUAGCUAAGCAUGAUCAUUUUCCUAAGCUGGAAUGGCUAGUUGUCAGGUACUGUGUCAACCUGACCAAGAUCCCUCUUGAUUUUGGGGAGAUAUGCACAUUGCAGUUGAUUGACAUGGAAUAUUGUAACCUUAUGGCAUUUGAGUCCGCAAGAAGUAUUCAGGUACAGCAACUCAACGUGGGGAAUGAAAAACUUAUUGUUCGUCUUGGCCGUAUGCUCGCCGAGCAAAAACUUAUUGCUUUAACUGUGGCCUUCAUUUACAUGACUGCGAUUGAAGACGCUGUGGACUAAACAUCACGACGGCAAAAGUAAGAAGGGAAAAGACCCUAUGAGGAUAGAAGGAAGUUCUCGUUCGUGAGUUUGAGAUUGGUUUUGGCAGAACUGAAUGAUGACAGAUUUCAGCAGUGCUCAGUUUAAGCUUUCUACGAUAAUCUAAGAUUGGCAAACUUGUUUGUGGUUUUUGUUGAUAUUGUUCUGUAAUGCUUUGUGAUUGGCAAAUUUGUUUGGGGUUCUUGUUGAUGUUGUUCUACAAAGCUUAGAGAUUACAUCUGUAAUGCUGUGUGUAAAUCAUUUUCCGUGUGAUUCUGAUAAACAGUAAGCUCGGUUUCAUGAUUUCUAGUGAAAAUCUUUGCUUUU